UAACCAAAAAGACGAAGAAGAAAUCAGGAAGUGACAUCAACCACUCUGCUGUGUCUGGAUACAACCCAUGUUCUCCCCGCUACACGGGCGUUAUGUCCGGAGGACGUGACUGUGCUGCAGCGAACCUUCCCGUCUGAGGUUCGGGGAAGAUGCCUCUGGCUCCUGCAAACCAGGCCCAGCUGAUCCGGUCCAGUCAGAAGGAUGAAUUCUACCGGAGCUUCCUGAGGAACAGCGCUAACGAAGCCUGCCAGAGUGUCGCAGGAUCCAAACACUGGCUGGACUGGAGGAGGGAGGUAGAGCUGCUGUCAGACUUGGCUUACUAUGGUUUAACCACGCUCUCAGGUUACCAGACUCUGGGCGAGGAGUAUGUGGGGGUCGUCCAGGUGGAUCCCUCCCGGCGGCAGAUCCCGUCCCGGGCCAGGCGCUGCCUCUUCGUCCUCUGUCACGCCUUUGUGCCGUACCUCCUGGAGAAGGCCCUGGUGUGUCUGGAGAACGAGCUGGAAGGCGGGCCGGAGACGAGGAGGCGCCAGGCGACGUCGGAGGCCUGGAGCCUGGAGCGCUGGCUGCGGGGGGCGGCGCAGAGGGCGGUGGGGCUGCUGACAGAGCAGCAGAGGAAGGCCUGCCAGCCGGCCGUGUUUGUGAUCCAGCAGAGCGUGGCCCUGCUGCACCGACUCCAUGUUGCUCUGUUCUACGUCAGCAGCUCCUUCUACCACAUGUCCAAGAGAGCAGCUGGGAUCAGCUACUUGUGUGUGACGGGGCCGAACGCUGAUGACUCGUCCAUCAGGAGCAGCUACCGGCUGCUGGGUUGCGUGUCUUUCCUCCAGCUGCUCGUCACUCUGAGUCUGCAGCUCAACAACCUGAGGCAGAGGCAGAGAGCCAGGCAGGAGUGGCAGCUCUACAGGAGCCUCAGUCCUCGGCACCCAGCGAGCUCCGCCUCCACGCCCCAACCUGCGCGCUGCAUCCUCUGCCUGGAGGCCCGCAGGAACUCCACCUGCACCCCCUGUGGACACCUGUUCUGCUGGGAGUGCAUCGCCGAGUGGUGCAACACCAAGGCCGAGUGUCCUUUGUGUCGGGAGAAGUUCCUGCCCCAUAGGCUGGUGUUUCUAAGGAACUACAGCUAGACGUCCAGCUGGAACACACACAGCUGGACUGAAGCUCGUCCUAAUUUGUGUAUUCAGUCGUCAUGGAGACCAGAACCUUCCAGCCUGCUGAGAUUUAUCCGUCUGUCCUAAAGAGAGCAGGAUAUGUUUGGAUUGUAUCAAUCAGAUGAUGUAAAUGUCGAUAUCUGGGAAUUCCAUUCCAUUGAUUUAAAUGUUUAACUUCAUCAUAUUUCUUUUAUGCUCAAUUUAUGCUGCGAGGAUGUGCUUACAGUCAGCAUUACUAUUUAGAAAUACUGAAUGGAUGAUGAAACGAUUGUUUUUAGCUUGUUCUAGUUCUAAAGUGGAACUUUUUUGGAUCGGCUCUGCAGGAAGUUCAGGAACUGAGAAAAAUUAUUCAUGAAAGAUUCUGAUUAAAAAAUGAGUUUUUUUCUUUGACUAGCUAAUUAAAAAAUAAACAUGUCACAAUUGAAAGGAAUCGUAAGGAGUUAGACGGAUUGUUCUUGUGGAAUAUUUUUAGCGUCAUAACGCUUCUGCUACAUUAAGGAUAAACUCGGAUCUUUUUUGUGUUUUUGUUGUGAAAAGCCUAAUAUUUCAUCUUCCUGUUCCACCUUGGAUGCUUCAUGGAAAACUCCAUUCUGCAGUUUUUAAUUACCAUUAGAAAAUAAAAGUGAAAUUUAUUUUUCUAAAAGUUUAGAUUCAAAUAAGAUUUUUUUCUUGUUGAAAAUCUUAAUUUGUAAGAGCAAUAUACAUUUAAAAUAAAUGAGCCUUUGUACUAAUGUGACUGAUUUAAAUAACAUUUUUACUAUUUUCAUGAAAUUGUUUUGAUUCUCUGAUGGCAAUGAUGCUGACAUUGGCCACAAGUAUGCUAAAUAUGACUAAACCUGAAUUGAAUUUUAUACCUAUAGUUAAGUCCACAAUUAUUUAUACCACUGGGAGGCUUGGGAUUAAAGUAAUCUUUUCAUUUUACCAAACUGCUCGGCAAUUAUAACUAGGGCCUGUUUGCGGUUUUCACAGAUUUUUUAUAUAAUUUUUUUUAACAUAUAAUUUUUAAUGUCAACUUUUUUCUUGAGCUGAUGCUUAAUUUACGUUGCAUUAUGUUUUGAGCGAUUCAAACAGAAACCUUGGAUGUGUUGGAUAUGAAGGCGAAUAAAUCAAAAAAACUCUUUUGGGGCAAUAAAAUGGUAGCUGUUAAAUUGGCUCUACUUGCCCAUGAAAGUCAGUGUUUGGUUCUGGUCAGAUCCAUAUGACUAUAUGUCUGAUGAUGUCACACAUACACCAGAGUCCCCAGUAACUUCUAACCCCAAUUAGAGCAUGUGAAUGAAAACAGGAGGCCAAAUUAAGUGCAGAGUAAUUCAUUGUCAAAUAGCAGAAAACAAUACACCAGUCACACAAUACAUACCAAGUAGUUUAAAUAUUGUACACUCAGCUUCCCAAAUCCCAUCCGCCCCACUCAGACGCAACAUAUGUUACAUGCACACAUGAGCAACUUCUGCCAAAAAUAAAGAAAAACAAAAAACACUCCACACAGACCCACAUGCCAUCCUGUCCCAGAGACUUAAAAUCUCACCCACACGUUUUUCAGAAAUCACUCCAUGUGUUGUAUUGCUUUCAGCGUACAUGUUGCUGUUUGGUUAAAGCCUGAAAAGCACGAGCUCUUCAACAGCACAAGCAGUUUAAAAAAUAGAUUUAUAUUUAUAUAUAUAUAUAAUUAAAUAAAAAGCUCCACCACAUGCUUCUCUAAAACAUUGUAUAAUGUGCUGCUUCCCAUCUAUACACACUACCUGAACACACUAUAGCACAACUGAUAUGGAAGACCAUUCCUGCUGGACUGGAUAGAUUUUUAAAAAGUUGGAAAUUAGACUAAAAGAUACACAUUGUAGGUCACUUAACGUUCUCUCUACAUAUCUGGAAAUAUCAGAUUGUCCCCUUCUAAACAUUUUUCAUUUGGGUUUCUUUGUCACUUUUUUAUGUGGGGAAAACGCAAAACAUUUGACAAAAAUAAAAGCAUUUCCUACUUCCUGCAUCUUGCUGGUGUCACGGGGCGGAAAUGGGCUUCGACAGAUCUUCACCUCAUAACUUAAAGUGUCAAAGUCCAAAUAAAAUGAAAACAUAUGUGGUCCAGGCUUCAUUUACAGCAACAUAUUUAAACUCCUGUGAGUGAAACUAAAAAUCAAACUGCAAAAAUGUACAUUCAUUUGUAAAAAAUAAAAUAAGACAGCAUA